AUAGCGUAAACAGUCGCGUAUAUAAGCUGUUCGCGUUCCCAAUCCCAUCGUCUUUCUUCAGCGCUGCUGAAAUUGCGGUAGCACCACUAUAAGUCUUUUUGACACCAGAUCCCAGAACAAUAAUGGACCCAUACGCCGAUGACUCGGCGAUGAUGAUCGACAGCCCGCCAUCCGGGUUGGGAAGGCGCGCGUCCCUCAAGCGCUCGGCGGACGAGAUGUCCGCCGAUCCCAACCCGGUGGCCGCCGCAUGCGCUGCCGUGCCGGCCACGGCCCCCUCCUCCACCACCACCACCACCACCACCCUCAUGGGGAUCCUCGCCGGCCUAUGGGCGUACCUGCCCUGCGGCCACAAGCGCCGCCACAUCACCAGCACCACCACCCCCUCCUCCCCACGCCCUCCUCGCACCCCAGCCACCCUCAAGAUGAAGCGGACCCUCCCCGGCCGCUUCCCGUCACCAUCACUCCCCCUAACACCACCAUCGUCGCGUCCGACCUCCUCCCACGCCGAUGACGCCGAGAGUCCGAUCCCUACCCCACCAUCAGAGUGGAUUUCACUUCUUGCGGACAACAUCCCCUCACCCAUCAAGACCCGCAAGCGGGCAUCACCGGACAGCAUGGCGGAGCAGCAGGAGGCGGAGAAGAAGCCACGCACGAUACCAUAUGGUGACAUCAACCCAGAUUACGCGAUGGAUAAGUGGACAGGACCGGCGAGACGCGCAUACUGGAAGGAGCAGAUCGCGAAGCAGAAGGCCGACAGAGUCGCACGCGGCCUCCCAGUAGAGUCACCGCGGCCAUCACCAAUCAGAGACCCGCUGCCGAGAAAGGGCGACAAGCUCUACUCGUGGUGGACACUUCGACAACGCGAGUCACAGUCACAGUCGACCUUCGAGCAGCCGCAACAGACACAAAAGUCUGCGCAUACUGCCAAGAGCCAGACGUCCUGGCCACGGCCCAAGCCCAUCCCUGCAACCGUCAAAGACCAACAGGUCGACGCGCUCGUCAGCCGCGCGAGGCGGCUUGGCGUUCAGUCACCGGAGUGGAAGGGCUUUGCGCAGUACAAGCUUCAGCAGAUAGAGCGCUGCGAGCAGGCGCGCAUCAAGAAGCAGAGAGCGGCAGAGGCAGCCCACCAACUUGAGCUCGAAGCUCAAGCGGAAGAGGCUGCACGCAAAGCCGGCGAGGAGGAAGCGGUACGUCAGCAGGCAGAGCAGGAGCGCAAGGCUACGGAGGAGGUCGCGCAGAAGCAGCUUGAGGAAGAGCUUGCCGCCGCGAGACUUGACACCCGCACCCUCAUCCGUCCGCUAGAUGACGAAUGGGCUGCGAAAGUCCAACGCGCCCUCGACACCAAGGAUCCGAAGAAGACGCUCGCGACCAGCAAGAAUGGCACCGAGCUGUCACGCUACGACUUCGGCCGCCUCGUCCCUACUGACCUUACCGCCGACAGCGACCCGAACAAGCCCGCCGGCUGGGUCAACGACGAGAUCGUCAACGCCUGGUUCGAGGAGAUCACGGCGAAGAAGGACGAGCAGACGGGCUGGAAGAAAGGCUCACAGAAGCCUCGCGCCAUCGCCGCCUUCAACAGCGGCUGGGUCACCACCGUGCGCAGCAAGGGCGUCAAAGGCAUCGAGACCUGGUCACGACGCAUGGGCAUCAAGGGCGCGGAGAAGCUGCUUGGCACGCAGCGCGUCUUCUUCCCGGUCAACAGCGGCGGCCACUGGACCUUACUCGUCAUCUGCCCCACGGAGCGCCGGAUCGAGUAUCUCGACAGUCUGCACGGGGGCGGGAGGAAGUGGCUCGACUUUGCGCGCGAGUGGCUGGCCAUGGAGCUGGGCAAGGCGUACAAUGAGGAGGAAUGGACGGAGGGCAAGGUUUUCAGCGAGAGGCAGCUCAAUAUGAGCGAUUGUGGCGCGUUUGCUUGCCUGAAUGGAUUGGCGAGCGCGAAGGGGCAUGGAUAUGAGGAGGUGCUGGGCGCGAGCAUGGAGGAUGGGAGGAAGUUGAUGGCGGCCGUCCUGCUGAAUGGCGGGUUCUCGGGCGUGUUUGACCUGUGAGCGUGACGUUUCACCGGCGUUUGGGGCAGCAUUUGCGGGCGUUUUGUGGGUGCGGGAUGGGUGCAUUGCAUGGCGUUUGCGGUUUCGAGGAUUAGCGAUGGCGCUGGUAUUCCAAAGGGGUUGCGGCCACUUCAGCUGCUGGGAUGGUGACGAGACCUUCGGGCUAUGACUAUACGACGGGAUGACUGGCACGGCCUUGUACUUUCUCGGCACAUCACUACUAACGCUUUCCCAAACCCCAGGUUUAGCUGGCAGGCCCCCGAAAGGGGGCGCGCCGCGGCCUGGGGGUUGGAUGUGCGUAGUGGUUGAUGUUGCCUUUGUAGUUUUAGUUCCGUUCUCCGAAGCAUUGUCUUCGCAUACAGUCU